UGUUUUUUGUUUGUUAAAUGUUAAUUGUUUUAAUUUUUAAAUUUUUGAGUGCUCCACAUAUUUGAUUUUAAUUUAUAAUUUUUUGCUUUUCUUAUUAGCUACUAGUUUUGUUAAAUUUUUUCCUUAUGUUGUUAAUUGUAACACAAAAAUUCACUGAUUAAAUAUAAAAUAAAUGGUUAAACUAUGUAAAAUAACCACAUUUUAUAUUAUUUGUAUGCUUCAAACUUUUUAAUUUACAAUUUAAUUGAGUUUAAUUAGUUUAUAUAUUAUGUAAAUUAUUAUACAUACUAUUUAGUACUCUUAUCAUGGAAUUUAUAAAGAAAAAUUAUUUUUAAGUUGACCUAGGUUUGUUAUAAGAAAAUUUCAAUGAACAACAACAAAAUAAAUUCCUGACAAAUACCCUAUACCUACGUAAAGAUAGUAGCUGUAUGAGUAACAAUAAGGACGAGGUAGUUACAACCAUUAUGUAUGACCCGGGCAUUCGGCAAGAACAAAACCCAGUAACGGGUCAGCUAUACGCCACUAUUGUCAAAAAAGAUGAUAAAGCAUCGUCUGUUGAUUUUCCAUUUUAUAAUGUAAAUAUGGUGCAGAAAGUUCCUGUAUCUGGAAAUAUAGCUGUUCUUGCUGCAGCUUCAGCCAAUGGAGUGACUCAAACUGAUAAGACCUCUUACCGUUUUGAUGUAACAGCACCCUUCAAUUAUAACUAUGCUUUAGUAAAUCAAAUGUCACUCACAACGGCUGGUGCAGCUUUUAAAUGUGAUGUUUGUGGUGCUGGAUUUACCCAUGCAUCAAUGCUUGAUCAUCAUAAAAAAUCUGCCCAUCCACAAGAACCACCAUCAUUUACUUGUUCAACAUGUGGUUCUUGUUUUCCUCAAGUAAGAGAUAUGAAAGUCCAUAGAUCAACUGUGCACAAACAGUGUUUUUCAUGUGGUGCUGAUGUUGCUCCACAAACAGUUAAAGGUAAAAAGUCUAGAUUUAUAAAAUGUGUAAGUUGUAGUGGUGGAAAUUGUUCUAACUACACACCUCAAGAAAAUGAAAUAGAAUCUAGUGACAAUUUAUCACCCGAGCAGACUGCAAUAAUGAAAGGUUAUUAUCCAGUGAAAAAAAGAGGAAUGGCAACAGUCACUAAAUGUUAUAAAUGUAAUGGUUCUGGUAUUAUUUUUUUAGUUAAUGGUAAUCAUGCAAAUGUUAAUAUGAAAAAUGAUUCAAUUAAUAAUUCAAAUACUCCCAACAAACCUUUUCAUUGUAACAUAUGUGGAGGAAGUUUUUCACGUUACUCAUCAUUAUGGAGUCAUAAACGUCUGCAUACUGGUGAUAAACCUUACAAGUGUGAAAUUUGUGGUUUAUCAUUUGCAAAAGCAGCUUAUUUAAAAAAUCACGGUCGAGUGCAUACAGGUGAAAAACCUUUUAAAUGUGGCGUUUGUGGAAUGCAGUUUUCUCAAUCUCCUCAUCUUAAAAAUCAUGAAAGAAUUCACAGUGGUGAACGACCUUAUCAAUGUGAAGUAUGUGAUAAAACUUUUGCUCGCCAUUCUACAUUAUGGAAUCAUCGUCGUAUUCAUACAGGAGAAAAGCCUUAUCGUUGUGAUAUAUGUGGAUCGGCAUUUAAUCAAGCCACACAUCUAAAAAAUCAUGCUAAAGUACAUACAGGUGAAAAACCACAUCGUUGUGAUAUUUGUGGAGUUGGUUUUAGUGAUCGAUUUGCAUUAAAACGACACAGAAAUAUACAUGAGAAGUAUGCUAGACAACAAAGUGAUGCAGCUGCAGCACAUACUGUAACGCCACCAUCACAAGAAUUGGAACCAAUAAGUGGUCAAACCCAAAUUGAAGAAUGUAUAUACAGUGCUGACUAUACUGUUGAAAAGUAUGAUGCAGCAAAUAAUAUUCCUACUGAUAUUGUAGAAGUAAAAGUUGAUCAACAGAAUCAGCGUGAACAUGAUACACAGCAGCAACAAAUUGAGGAUUGCAUUUAUAAAUAAUGAUUUAAGAAAAAUUAAACAAGUGAAGAAUCUAAUAAAAAUAUGUGUAUCAGAAGUAUAAUAAGAUCUAAUGGGUUUAAGUAUUUACAUCAUACAAAAAUCAAGCAUCCGUUUACAACAAAAAUUUAGAACUCACAUAAUAUGAUUUAAAAUAUGGUGCUAUACAUAGUUUUAUUAGUUUAAAAUUUUAAAUAUUAACUUAUAAGAUUUAAAAACAAUAAAUGAAUCAAGCUAAUAUAAUAAAUUAUAAACUUUGUUAAAGAUAAAAACUGCAUAUUUAUGCAUCAAUCAUGUGUAUUCUUUUAAAUAAUUACAUAUUAGGAUUUUAUUUAUGUUUGAUUUUCCAAAAAUGAUCUUUAUUAUGAUUGUCAUAGAAAUGUUAUAUUUUAGCAACCCUUAUGUCUGUAAAUACUAUAAGUUAAGAGUAUUAUUAAUACCUUUAUAAGUUUAAAGAACUAAUAAUUAAACUGUACAAAACAAUUAUACAUAUUACUAUAUUGCUUAUUUACUUCUUUAAAUUGGAUUUGUAUUCAAAUAUUCAUAGUACAUAUUAUGUGAAUUCAUGUGUCGCUCUUCAAUAAUUGAUUCCAGUCAAAUUUAAAAAUGUUUAUUUAAAUAUCUUCAUUUGUGAAUAAUUAUUUAGAAUAAAACAGUAAUGAAAAUGAAUGCUAAUUAUUUCGCUUUUUGCCCAUUUUAUACACCACAAAUCCAAUUUAAAAACGAAAUAGAUCAUAAUUAUUUUUAAUCUUUUAUUUAUUUAUAUUAUUGACUUAAAAAAAUAAUUAGGUAAUUUCCUCAAUACAAAUUAUAUUUUCAUUUGAAAUUAAUGUACGAUUUAUUUUAUAAAAUCAAGUAUGAAUCUAAUAAGUUACAUUUUAUUUGAAAUAAUAGUUAUAAUAUGCAAUACUAAUUAUGAUCUAAUAUUUAAUAAUUAUAUAUACUGUAUAAAAUAUAUUUUCAAUUGUUUAUUUUGUUAGUAAUUUUUUUAAAUUAUUAUUAUUAUUAUUAUCAUUAUUAUUAAUUUAUCAAAGUAUUUACUGGUAUAAUAUUAUAUUUGUUAUUUUGUAUACAUAAUACAUAUGUAUAUAAUAUAUAAACAUUUAUACAUUUUUAUUGUAAUGUAAUUCUGAUGGUUUAUAUAUUAUGCUAUUAAGUUAAGUUUAGGAUUAGAAAGACUUUUGCGCAAAUUAUUUUUAUAAAAUUAUAAUUAAAUUUACCUACUGACAUUGAUAA